AUCGUGAAGUACAUUGCUAAGUAUUUUAUAUUUUAUAUGAUAUUAUUGGUUAUAAGUUGUACUCAAACAAUGGUCUAAUAAAUGGUGAAUUAGUGAAGUGUUUGAGUGAUGAUAACGAGUGAAUCCGUCACUCAUGUCAUAAGAGUGUCGCCAAACCAUAUCAAUAUCACCAGAGAUUGGCUUAAGAGUCAUAUAUAAGACAUGUUUUACUCACAAACGACUCAUUCAUUCAUAUAAUCAGUCAAUCAUUGCAUUAGUUAUCGCUAUUUAUAUGAAUUAGUCGACGAUUACCACAAACAUCACAACCACCACAACCACUGCACCACAAGACAUGUCUAUCAGAAGCGCUCUCUUCUCAUAUAAGUUGUCGGCGAACCAGGAGUUCAACGAAUCGGCUCUCGAAGAGGUUCUUAAGCAACAAUUCGCCGCUCUUUCGGUCGUAAGUCGUGUCCCACUCUUCGAUGGACUUCUGGUCCUUUUUGCCGCCAAUGAGAACCGAUUGACGAUUACAGUGAGACACUACUCGUCGUCCCGAUUGGUGUCCAUCACUGCCGAGGAAUGUGUGGACUCGGAAGCGAAGGGAAAAACCAAUAGUCUGUUGAAUAACUCAAACGCAGACAAAUUGAGGGCAAAACUAGUAUCGGCUCUAAAUGUGGCUAAAGUUGAGAGGAUUCCCACUCUGAAGAAGUGGACAACUGUUCCCAACUAUUAUACCUCAUCUGAUGAGCGCCUUCUGGAGUACGACUUCAGUGAAGUGGUGUUUGAGAAGCACUCGGACUUCCAACACAUCAAAAUCCUGUCGUCGCCCUCUUUAGGCAAUUGUCUCCUUUUGGAUGACCUCCAGAAUCUGGCGGAACGGGACAUCGAGUACACGCGCGGACUCAUGAAGUUCGGCGAAAUCUCCUACAAAGACAAAGAGGUGCUGAUCCUCGGCGGCGGUGACGGCGGACUACUCCACGAACUGCUCAAAGAGGGGCCCAAAUUCGUCACAAUGGUUGACAUCGACGGUGCGGUUAUGAAUGCCUGCAAACAACACCUGCGCGGCGCCUGCGGUGACACUCUCGACAACUUCGACGGACCCCACCAUCGAGUGAUUGUCGGCGAUUGUCUCAAAUACAUGGAUCAGUUCAUCCGCGAGAAGCGCUCCUUUGACUUCGUGUUCAACGACUUGACGGACAUUCCCAUCAGCGCUGCAGACAAUAAGGACGCCGGCGUUGAGGGCGACGGAGAUUUGUGGACAUUCUUCACGCGAAUACUCAAUCUGGCGCUACAACUGGUCAAACCCGAUGGCAGUUAUCUCAAUCACGCCAUCGGAAUCGGAUGCAAAUCAACUCUCGACACGUAUGAGGAACUCCUUCGGAACCUACCGGUGAAGGUUAGGUUCGCGCGUCACUCGGCGUUUGUGCCCUCUUUUAUGGAGGACUGGGUUUUCUAUCAGAUAUGGAAAGUCUGACGACUAGUGGAUUGUAAUUAGAUUUAUAGACUUAUUCGCAAUUGAAUUGAAUGAAUGUUUUCCAAUCAGUCAAUCAUAUAAUUGAAAAAUAGCACAAAAACUAAUUUUUAAGACUUUACCUCAAAUUAUCUCAAACUUAUAGUCAAAUACAAAUCAAAUGCAAUCGAUUGAAUGCAUAAAUAAGUACCAAAUCUGGUCAACAAAUUACUAGUGAUUACAUAAUUCCCAAC